AAGCAAGUGUUCAAGCUGAGCUUUGUACAUGGUGGUAACCAUGUCAUAUCCGCUGCUGCUGCUGCUGGUUACCAUAAUUCUUUGGUUGCCUCCUACUUCAAGCCUUGAUGCUACCAACAGUUCAACCAAAAAAAGGCGAGAGGUAAUUUCAGGACGCCAUGCUGCUGUUGCCACGGAUGAUGGUCGAUGCUCCAGAAUUGGGAUGCAUGUUCUUCGUGAAGGCGGUCAUGCCGUUGAUGCAUCAGUGGCUGCUGCUCUUUGCUUAGGGGUUGUGAGUCCAGCAUCAAGUGGCAUAGGGGGAGGAGCCUUCAUGCUUAUCAGGCUAGCCAGCGGGGAGGCACAAGCCUUUGAUAUGAGAGAAACUGCUCCCUUGCUAGCUUCUGAGAACAUGUAUUCUUCUAACACUACGCUGAAAGGUAAAGGGGCUCUCUCCAUAGCAAUUCCAGGGGAACUUGCAGGCCUUCAUAAAGCUUGGAAACAAUAUGGAAGGCUUCCAUGGAAAAGGCUUGUAAGUCCAGCUGAGCGUCUCGCUCGUUUGGGAUUUAAGAUUUCACCAUACCUCAACAUGCAGAUGCAUAGAACAGAAUCAGGAAUCUUGGCAGAUGAGGGACUUCGUCAUGUAUUUACAUCAAACGGGAGUCUCUUGAAGACAGGUGAGACAUGCCGUAACUGGAAACUGGCACAGACACUCAGAGACAUUUCGAAUUUCGGUCCCAGAGCCUUUUAUAAUGGAUCCAUCGGAUCCAAAUUGGUUAGAGAUAUUCACAAGGUUGGAGGAAUACUGACAAUGAAGGAUUUGCAAAAUUAUAGAGUUAAACUGAGAAAGCCUAUAUCUUCUGACACUCCUGGGUUUAAAAUACUGGCUAUGCCUCCUCCUUCUGGAGGUCCUCCAAUGAUACUUGUGAGUACACAUCUCUGUUCUUGCAUUCUGUUUUGUCUUUUUUUUUAAAAAAAAAAAAA